GGCUAUGGUUGUACUCCGAAUGCUCAAUGUACAACCCAACCUUGAGGAGCAUAAGGAGCAAAGGUGCAACAUCUUUCAUAUGAAGUGUAAGGUGAAGUCCAAGACGUGCUUGGUCAUCAUAGAUGGAGGGAGUUGUACAAAUGUGGUGUGUGACCGGUUGGUGGCCAAGUUGGGAUUGAAGGUACUUAAACACCCAAACCCCUACAAAUUGCAAUGGUUAGGGGACUCCGGAGAGUUGAGGGUGAAGGCUCAAUGCAAAGUUCCAUUGAAGAUUGGAGAAGUUGAGGAAGAAAUCCUAUGUGAUAUCAUUCCUAUGACGGCAUGUCAUGUUUUGCUAGGGAGGCCAUGGGAGUUUGAUAGAAGGGCCUACAAAAAUGGCUUCACGAAUGAGUAUUUCUACAUGCUCAACGGGUUGAAGGUUCGUUUGAAGCCAUUGCUACCUAGUGCCGUGUUUGAGGCUAGCCAACAUCUACAAAAGGAAAGAGAGAGAGAUAGGGAAAAAAGGCUAGUAGAAGAAUGUGAGCUAAAAAAGCCAAGUGAGAGUGGGGGUGGUGAGAGAAAAAUAAAAGCGCCCAAAGGAGAGCACCCACAAACAAGAGGGGGAAAGGAAUGUUUGAUAGCUAGUAAAACCGACCUUGGGUGGGCACUAAACAAUCACCUCUCCGUUCUCCUCGUGGUCCGUAAGGAUUUGUGCUUAGCUACUAACCUUGACCCGUAUCCUUUGAUUGUCCAAAGUGUGUUGCAGGAAUUUGAAGAUGUAUUCCCGAAGGAACUCCCGAGUGAACUCCCUCCCAUGAAGGGGAUCGAGCAUCAAAUUGACCUUUUGACGGGAUCAUCACUCCCAAACCGGGCCGCAUACAAGGCGAACCCCAAGGAGACACAAGAGCUACAAAGGCAAGUCGAGGAACUCCUUGCCAAAGGUCUAAUUCGUGAAUCUCUAUCUCAUUGUGCCGUACCCGUCAUUCUUGUACCUAAGAAGGACGGAAGUUGGAGGAUGUGUGUAGAUUGUAGGGCAAUUAACAAAAUCACCAUCAAAUAUAGACACCCUAUACCUAGGUUAGACGACAUGUUAGAGGAUCUUUGUGGCUCUAUAUGUUUCUCUAAAAUUGAUUUGGCUAGUGGAUAUCACCAAAUUCGCAUGAAAGAGGGAGAUGAAUGGAAAACCGCUUUCAAAACCAAAUUUGGCUUAUAUGAAUGGCUUGUGAUGCCUUUUGGUUUAACUAAUGCCCCUUCUACAUUCAUGCGUUUGAUGAAUCAUGUGCUUCGUCCUUUUAUUGGGAAAUUUGUGGUGGUAUAUUUUGAUGAUAUCUUGAUUUAUAGUCGUAGUGUUGAAGAGCAUGCUAGUCAUCUUAGGAAUGUGCUUGAAGUGUUGAGAAUGCAUACUUUAUAUGCCAAGUUGCCUAAAUGCACUUUUUGUGUUGAGGAAGUUGUGUUUCUUGGUUUUGUUGUGGGAAAGGAAGGAGUGCGGGUAGAUGAGGAAAAGGUGAAAGCCAUUAGGGAAUGGCCAACACCUAGGAAUGUGAGUGAGGUUAGGUCCUUUCAUGGCCUUGCUAGCUUCUAUAGGAGGUUUGUUAGGGAUUUUUCCACAAAAGCUUCACCCUUGAACCACCUUGUCAAAAAAAAUGUUGAGUUUAAGUGGGGGAGGAGCAAGAGAGAGCCACUCCCCAAUUUUGAUAAAACUUUUGAACUUGAGUGUGAUGCAAGUGGUGUGGGGAUCGGGGAGUUCUCAUGCAAGAGGGUACAAGAAGGAAAGGACAAUGUGGUUGCCGAUGCUCUUUCUAGGAAGCCUUUUGAGACCUUGCAUGAUGGCACUUUACUUGUGGGAUGGAGAAGGCCAAGUUUGUACAAGACGUGCACACUCGAGUGCAAGAACGAAUCCGCAAGGGGGGAACAAGUAGCUCAAAGGGUGAACAAAGGGCGAAAGAAAAUGUUGUUCAACCCCGGAGAUUGGGUGUGGGUACACUUUCGGAAAAUACGUUUUCCCGACAAAGCAAGAUCCAAGCUUGCCCCGCGAGGGGAUGGCCCAUUUAUGGUCCUAGAGCGUGUGAACGACAAUGCCUACAUCAUUGAUCUUCCCGGUGAGUAUAACCCCGUCCCGGCUGGAUCCACGUCUGAAGAUUACAGGCUCAAGGCUAUCCCCUUCGUUUUGAAAGGGGACGCAGGAGUAUGGCUGUCAAGGCUACCAGAGGGAUCCAUCAGGACUUGGGCGGAAUUCCGCAUGAUAUUCCUCGACCGUUUCUUCCCAGCAUCAAAGACAAGUGCCCUGAAAAGGGAGAUUACAGAGGCCAGACAAGAGUACGACGAGCCCCUCGGCCAACGCACUCCUCUGACUGGCAGUCCAACUGGCCGUCCCGAAUCAUGGAUAGACCAAACACUGGAGGAAACAGAGUGCAAGGGGGUCAGGCAGGUUGGUCAAGUGCCCCUCAAGGGAACUGGUGAAACGGAGGACAAUCCAAUUGGUCAAGCCGACAAAAGGAAGGAGACUGGGGAGGAUACCAACACCAAAUCCCCCAGUAUAGCAACCAGGGAAGGCAGUCAACAAGGUUAUGGAGGAGGCCGAUUUAAUCAGAGAAAUAACAGGCAGCAAAAUGAAAAUCCAGGGGAUAUGACGAUUCCACAUCAGCCCAAUGAUGCGGUGCGUGAAAUACAGGAAACCCAGAGGGAACAGAGGGCUGCAUUAGAGAUGCUUACCAAGCAGUUAUCUCAAGUCGCCAUAUCGCUGGGCGAGCUGAGAGGUAAUGAAGGAAAGAUUCCGGCUACAGUGCAACCACCAGCAGGGCGGAAAAACGUCAACACAGUGUCCCUGAAAUCAGAAGGAGUUUAUCAAAGCUCAACUACAAGUUUUCCGACACCCAGGAUCAGUCAUAAUGCAAACUCUAAAUCCGUCACCUCUGAUCAAGUCACAGCGGAGGAAGAAUCUGACAUCCGAAAACAGGUUGUUGAAAAGGGAAGGAGGAUCGAAGCAGAAGAAGUGACCAAUAUGGUCCGACCUGGUGAUCUCCCCCCCAAGAGAACUGACCCAGGGGUAUUUACGCUCCCAAUAUCCAUCAGAAACAUCCAAAUAGAGCACGCAAUGUGCGACCUAGGGGCCUCCAUCAAUAUUAUGCCAUACUCUAUAUUCAAGAAGCUGGGGAAUGCCAAGCUCGUCGAAACUAAUAUGGAAAUAUAG